GGCCUACACCCGUCGGUGGUCGAGCGGGAUCGGCCUCAAUCAUGAUCCUGUGAUCGUAAAGUUUUCUGCUUAACUUUUCGUCAGAAACUACGAUACGGCGAUACCAACCGCAGCUUUUUAUUGGACAUCUAGCCCUUGCCGGGUUACGUUAACUCGCGCCAGCCAAGUUACUUAGGUUUGCUAAAGCGCAGCUAACCUAUUUAGUUAUCUGCCAACCAGGCAACUGUGAAUUUGGUUCGCCGUGUUUAUUUCGAGAUGUCAAACACGGGGUUCAACUCACAGAACGGGGCUGGAGCAGGGCAGAUUUAUGCAAAUGGUCCUACACAAAACCCAGUGUCUCUGCAGCAGCCACAAGGACUGGGCUACAACAUGGCUCACCAAGCACCCUAUAAUCCAAUACACAUGAAGAGCCCAAUGGUUCCUGGGCCUGGACUCUACAACUUUGGCCCACGCCAGCCUAUGCCCCCUGCCAGCUCCUACCAACAUGGACCCCCAUCUAGCUCCUACCAGGCCCCUCCACUCCAGCCCUCAUUGACCAGGCCACCAUUGGGAGGUCCUUCAUCCAGUACUCCCCCUCCGUCAGUCAGCCCUGGGCCUAGGAUGCCCCCAAUGCAGGACACUCCUCCGCCUCCAGCAGUGUCUGCUAAUAGUUACUACCAACAGCCUGUGGCUCAAGCCUGGCAGUACCGCACCGCUCCCCCAUCAAUGGGGGCACCAAACCCUAUGCAUAUAAUGCCACAAGGCCCCAUGGAUAAUCAUGUGAGCCCAGCAGCAAGCUCUGCAGCGACUGUACCACUGACACAGACAUCAGCAGGUUACAGCUCUGCACUACCGGGCCCUGCCUCCCAUAACACCAUGCAGGCUCCAGGGCCAAGGCUGCCCCCAACCUCCCUGCAUGGAUACACCCAGCCAGUGCCAGGCACUGCUCCUCCACUUUUGAAUCCCACAGCCCCCCACACAUACCAACCAGGUGGCGCCCAGUUUGGAUCCCUACCCACAGGACAGCUGCCAAUCAUGAAACCGACUCCACCCCCAACUGGACCCCCCAUCAGCAACGCCACACCUCCACCUCCUAAGGCUGAUGGACCCAUGGCUGGUAAUGGUCCUCAAACCUCAAACAACUUAAAUCAUUUGGACAACAAAAUGGCUGGACCACCCCAGCCAGGACCCCCAGGGCGCCACCUGGGCCACUACCCAUCCCUCCCUCCAGGAUACCAAAAUACUUCUGUGCCACCCAACGUCGCGGCGGCCUCCAUGCACCCUGCCAUGCAGGCCUCCUCACAGCCUUACACUCAAGCACCUCAGCAGUACCAACAGCCUUCCACUGGUCCAGGGCCAGCCCAGAUUAGCCCGUCUCUAGCUGCUUUGAGCCUACAGUCAAGCACCCCAGAGGCCCUGAGAGUUGUCAACCUUCUUCAGGACAGGAACCUGCUGCCCCCAGGCCCCAUCCCCGCCCCGACACCAUGUCUGCCCCAGGACCUGCAGAAGAUCAACUGCAACCCAGAGGUGUUCCGGUGUACCCUGACCAGCAUCCCUCAGACCCAGUCCCUGCUGAACAAAGCUAAGCUGCCCUUGGGCCUGCUGCUCCACCCUUUCAAAGACCUUUCGCAACUUCCUGUGGUGACGUCCAGCACCAUUGUCAGAUGUCGAUCAUGCAGAACCUACAUCAACCCCUUUGUCUCCUUCCUGGACCAUAGGAGGUGGAAGUGUAACCUCUGCUACCGGGUCAAUGAUGUCCCUGAGGAGUUCAUGUACAACCCUGUUAGCAGAUCGUACGGAGAGCCACACAAAAGACCUGAGGUCCAGAACGCAACCAUCGAGUUCAUUGCACCUUCUGAAUACAUGCUGAGACCACCGCAGCCUGCUGUGUACCUCUUUGUCCUGGAUGUAUCCCACAAUGCAGUGGAGACAGGAUACCUGAACGUAGUCUGCCAGUCACUGCUGGACAACAUUAAUGCGCUCCCAGGAGACUCGCGGACAAAAGUAGGCUUCAUCACCUUUGACAGCACCAUCCACUUCUAUAACCUCCAAGAAGGGCUCUCCCAGCCUCAGAUGCUCAUCGUGUCCGACAUUGAAGAUAUAUUUUUACCAACACCAGACAGCCUUCUUGUGAAUCUCAACGAAUGCAAAGAGCUCUUGCAGGAUCUGCUUAAGAGCGUGCCCCAUUUAUUUGAGAAGACCAUGGAGACCCAGUCUGCCCUGGGCCCGGCACUGCAGGCAGCCUUCAAGCUGCUUUCACCCACCGGAGGGCGCAUGUCCGUCUUUCAGACCCAGCUGCCCAACUUGGGCGUGGGGGCGCUCAAAUCCAGAGAAGACCCCAACCAGCGGGCAUCUGCCAAGGACAUCCAGCACUUAUCCCCAGCUACAGACUUCUACAAGAAGCUUGCCCUGGACUGCUCUGGCCAGCAGGUGGCUGUGGACCUGUUCCUCCUCAGCUCGCAAUACUGUGACCUGGCAUCACUAGGUUGCAUGUCCAGAUAUUCUGCAGGAAGCGUUUACUACUACCCCUCAUACCACCACCAGCACAACCCCUCAGAGGUGGAGCGCUUCCAGAAGGAUCUGAAGAGAUACUUGACCAGGAAGAUUGGCUUCGAGGCCGUCAUGAGGAUACGCUGCACCAAAGGUCUGUCCAUCCACACCUUCCAUGGGAAUUUCUUUGUGCGCUCUACGGAUCUGCUGUCCCUGCCAAAUGUGAACCCUGAUGCGGGCUUCGCUGUGCAGAUGUCCAUUGAGGAGAACCUGUUGGACAUGCAGGUGGUUUCUUUCCAGGCUGCUCUGCUCUACACCUCCAGCAAAGGAGAGAGAAGGAUCCGUGUUCACACCAUGUGUCUCCCUGUGGUCAACUCUAUGUCGGACAUCUUUGCUGGGGCUGAUGUCCAAGCCAUCACCGGAUUGCUGGCGAGUAUGGCUGUUGACCGUUCAGUGUCGGCCAGCCUCAGCGAUGCCAGAGAUGCGAUGACCAAUGCAGCCAUUGAUUCCCUGGCGUCGUACCGUCAGUCCAUACUGACCAUCCAGCAGCCUGGCCUGCUGGCCCCAGCCUGCCUAAGGCUCUUCCCUCUCUAUAUACUCGCCCUUCUCAAACAGAAAUCCUUCAGGACUGGUACCAGCACCAGGCUGGAUGACCGUGUGUUUGCCAUGUGCCAGCUGAAGUACCAGCCCCUGGUCUACAUGAUGCUGAUGAUCCACCCUUCCCUUUACCGCCUGGAUGACCUGACUGAUGAGGGGGCUCUGAACAUCAGUGAGCGAACCAUCCCUCAGCCCCGUGUGCAGCAACUGACCGUUGAGAAGCUCAACAGAGACGGAGCCUUCCUCAUGGAUACUGGAACGGUGUUGUAUCUGUGGAUUGGAAGGAACUGCAAUCCCAACUUUCUCACGCAGGUCCUGGGUGUUCCCAACUACACUGCCGUGCCUCAGAACCUGCACUUGCUCCCGGAACUGGACACUGCUGAGUCCCAGAGAACGAGGGCUUUCAUCGGCUGGCUGAGGGACCAGAGGCCCUUUUACCCAGUCCUGCAUGUCAUCAGGGAUGAAAGCCAGCUAAAAACCAGCUUUAUGCAGAAUAUGAUUGAGGACCGAACGGAAUCGGCCUUAUCUUAUUACGAAUUCCUGCUCCACCUCCAGCAGCAAGUCUCAAAGUAACUGAAUCAGUUGAAUCGCUGUGUCGGGGGAAAUGCUGACACAGGAACGCGUAUCUUCAUGUGACCAUGUGUCUCCAUUCAUAUUUUAGAACUGCACCAGAGCCACACCUGUUCUAAACUCUCCCUCAGUGUCUCCAGCUGUCCCACCACCACUCUGUCUCUUCCUCUGCCUUCCUCUCCCUCUCUGUCUCUCAAGUCAUCCUUGAUGACAAUCUUGUCUGAAAAAGCCCUCAUUUGAGCUGAACUGAACCACGCAUUCGCUCAAACAAAUCAAACUUUUUUUCUUUCUUUUUUUUGCCACCUAGGGGCAAGGAUGGCAAAAUGAGAAAUCGUGAUUCUCAUACUGAUUUCGCACUUUUUUUUCUCAGCUGGAGCAACUUGUCAGGAAAUGAAACCUGGGGGGUGGCAAGAAUCCUACAGUGAUGAUGAUUCUAUAUGUCAAUGAUGGAAUGAAGCAGUGUUUAUUCUCAUAGAACAAUGAAUUAAGAUGCAUUAAAUACAAUGGAUGUGUGAAGGCUUUUUGUUCAAAAAGCACAGUGGUCUUUACCUAUAGAUGUUUAUGUGUUGUGCGUGUGUGCUUACCAGGUGGAUGAGGAAUUUUGUCUGCGCUGAGACUGUUAUUGCGUGUCACCUUGAGCAUUUGUAUCCGGUGCACCUCAGCUAUAAACAACACUAUCUAAUAUAGUUGUGAAAGACAGAAUUGUGUGCUCAUUUAUUUCAUCCGUCAUUUUAACCGUGUGUCAGAACAAAUCUCACGACAUUGAUGAAGGCAGAGAUAGUAAACGAUCACAUGUGAAGGCAGACUGACCUUGCUGUUAUUAGCUGCCUUGAAUGUGUUGACUAAGCCAUGGAAAGUUGAUUCACUAAGUCUUGGCCUGGUGUGUUGUUAAGCGAUUCGCUUUCCUUUCAUCUUUUAAUUUCCUCAUUUUCCCUGUACAUUUACAAUGCCUCGAACUUUUUUUUUUUGAGUUUAAUUUAUGAAACUCCCAAUCUGAUUACAUUCUGUAAUUGCCUUGUAUGGAAACUCACUUUUUAUCAAGCCUCUGUUUAAAUACGGACUAUAUAAGAAAUAUUUUAAUAUAAUCGGAUAUGGGAAAAUUGUUUAACACAGACAUAACGAAGCCAUUGUGAUCUUUUAACCAUACUUAAUGAUACUUGUAUAUUGAAAAGACUACGUUAUAUAAUGGUAAAAAAAUUGCUGAUGAUUUUAGUAUGAACAUGUUAAGAAGAAAUGAAGCUAAGAGAAUAAAAUGUUGGGUCUUUUUAAAAUGUAGUUUGUGUCAUCCAUGAACAGCAUUUUAGCGGUGUGAACUAUUGUCAAAAAAGACUGAAAAUUUAUGUGCGUGUUU